ACUCGCUUGUUUGAACGCGUGAAUUGGGGCUGGAGAAGCACAAGAGGGCAAGAGGAACAGCGAAGGUAGCGAAGCGGAGAUGCCGAUCCACCGCCCGGCGCCGCAGGGAUCCCGUGUGAUCGCUCAUGUCGACAUGGAUUGCUUCUAUGUUCAAGUGGAGCAACGAAAGAAACCUGAGUUAAGAGGCUUGCCAACUGCUGUUGUGCAAUACAAUGCUUGGAAAGGUGGGGGCUUGAUUGCAGUUGGUUAUGAAGCUCGCAAAUUUGGUGUAAAACGUUCUAUGAGAGGUGAUGAGGCCAAAGAAGUCUGUCCAGAUAUCCAGUUAAUUCAGGUUCCUGGCCGUGGUAAAGCCGACUUAAAGUUAUAUCGUGAAGCUGGCUCUAAGGUGGUAUCCAUCCUUUCAACCAAAGGACGAUGUGAACGAGCAUCAAUUGAUGAAGUUUAUCUUGAUCUUACUGAUGCAGCUGAAUCGAUGCUAUCAGAGGCUCCCCCUGAGACAUUAGAAACAAUUGAGAAAGAGGCUUUAAAGUCACAUAUAUUAGGGCUUGCUGAUGAUGGCAAAGGAAGUGAAGAGAAUGUUAGAAGAUGGCUUUGUCGAGAUGAUGCUGAUCAUGAGGAUAAGUUGUUAGCUUGUGCAGCCAUCAUUGUUGCACAACUUCGUAUUCAGGUUAUGGAAGAGACACAAUUUACAUGUUCUGCUGGCAUUGCUCAUAAUAAGAUGUUGGCAAAACUUGCAAGUGCAAUGCAUAAACCUGCUCAGCAAACAGUGGUACAAGCAUCAUCUGUAAAGGAUCUUUUAGCUUCUUUGCCUGUGAAGAAAAUGAAACAACUUGGAGGAAAACUUGGAAGUUCUUUGCAAAGUGAUCUUGGAGUGAAAGCAGUUGGUGAUCUUCUUCAGUUUCCCGUGGAGAAGUUACAAGAGCGUUAUGGGACAAAUACAGGAUCAUGGUUAUGGAAUAUUGCAAGAGGUAUUAGCGGGGAGGAAGUUGAGAGUCGUCUUCUGCCUAAGAGUCAUGGUUGUGGGAAGACAUUUCCAGGACCGCAAGCAUUGAAAUCCACCUCAUCUGUUGACCAUUGGCUUAAUCAACUCUGUGAAGAGCUGAGUGAAAGAAUUCAGGAUGAUUUGGAUCAGAACAAGCGUAUUGCACAUACUUUGACCUUGCAUGCUGGGGCGUUUAAGGAAUAUGGGCUAGACAGAAAAUUCCCCUCGAAAUCAUGUCCAUUGCGAUACGGGACUGCCAAAAUACAAGAAGAUGCAAAGAAACUAUUUGAUUCUGGCCUUCGCGAUUUUGUGGGCCCCCAUAACGAUAGAUGGGGUAUAACAUCUCUUUCUGUCACGGCAAGUAAAAUAUUAGACAUACCAUCAGGAACUAGCUCAAUUUCAAGUUUCUUUCAAGAUAAAGAUUGUCAUUCUCUUUUGUCAAGCGGAUGUGAUGGAUUUGAUCAUGACCAUUUCCCUCUGUCUCCUUCCGUAAACAAAAUCUGCACUAGACCAGUGUACGAUAUGCAACAAUUUAGGCCUUCGUGUGAGGGAAUUUGUGAUGUUCAUGAGACAUCCCAACAAAAUAAAACUUUUAACAUUGAUGCAAGAGGGACAUCGCCGAGAAAGAGAAAACACAAGGAACUUGGUUCCAUUUUAAGAUACUUUCAAGUUAGUGAUUCCUCUACUAAACAAGUUGUUGAUGAAUUCACUCAAGCAGAUGCACCAUUGCCAACAUCUGGUCAGACCAAUACUUCAAUCUGUGAUAGUGAGAGCUAUAUGGAACUGGAUCCAAGUGAGCACCAAAGAAGAAGCAAUUUGGUGAAAAAUGACAACAAUGAUGAGAAUAGGACACAUGUGAAUGAAGCUAUGCAGACAAGCACUGCCUGGCAUUUGAAUGUUGAAGACAUAGAUCCUUCUGUGAUUGAUGAACUGCCUCUAGAAAUCCAGAGAGAAGUUCGAGGCUGGCUUCACUUGCCUAAGCGUGUACAGGCAACCAACUGUGGCUCUGAUAUUACUCAAUAUUUCUUACCAGCAAAAAAGUAGUAGGGAUGGCAAUUCUCUGAAAGGUUCUUGAUUUUAGUAUUUGGAGGCUGGUUCAGACACAUACGCCCUUGUUUGUUGUUUUAAGGUUCCUCAUCAUGUGUACAUUAACUCUAAUCAAGGAUAAAGAGUGAAGCUCUUGGUGACAGGGUGCAAAGCACAUCAAACGGCUUACUUCAAACGCAGCGCACGUCUUGCCGAAUCCUUAAACAGGAGGGAUGGGCAUGUCAGAGUUUAAUUGGUUUAGGUAGCUGACUUUAAAUUUGUGUCUUGGCCAUUUUCUUUUGUGGUUUCUCCCAUGUGGCUUUUGAGCUUCAGCAUCAAAAUCGGCUUUAAAAUUGGUUACUACUUUAAAGGUAUGCAUUUAUAGCCCCUCAAACAGUCUUCUGUAUGCAUAUAUCAUUGUUGUACACAGUCAAUUUAAUAAAAAACCUUACUGGUUUAUGUGUC